AUGCUCCCGAACCGCCUCGAAGUUCAGCUCCGAGGAGCAAGCGCCCGGCUAGCUUGUGGAGCGGACGUCGGGAGCGCUGCUGGGCGGUUGGUGACCUCUGAGUAUGCGGUGAACGGUGUGUCCUGCCUUCGCUGCCCAGACGUAGCAAAAGUGCAGUCCAUCCAGAUACAAGGUAACCCUUCCCCCCUUUUUUUGCAAAUGUCAGAAGACACAGAUAACAUUGCAGUAGAAGAAAAUGUAGACAAGCAUCUCCAGAAAGAUUUAAAUAUGGAAGAAAAUCAGAACAUAAUAGAAACGCUGAGAGGCAAAGUAAGAGAAAAGCUAAAAAAUGCCAAGACUGAAGUCUCACUGGAUGAAGGUCUUUCGUUUUUUAUCCUGAGUGGUGAAGAAGACUCAACUUUAGGCCAGUCUGCAGAGCAGAGAUCAGUAAAUGAUAGUUACCACAAACACUUUUCACUUGGUGAUAAUUUACAAAACUUUGCUGAGGGCCGAGAUGAAGAUUUUAUGGAAGAAGUCAUUUUCCUAGAUUUACUUGAAGUAAAGGCUGCCGAUUAUGAAGAUGAUCAGGAACAAGUAAAAAAACAACAGGCAAAUAUUUUUGUUCCAAGCAAUUCUCCGGGUAAAGUUUUUACAAGAAAAUAUUCAAGUCAUUAA